UCGCAAAGCACUGUGGGUAGACGCCCUACGCCCAAAAUGGCGGCAGGAUUGAAAAGUUUGUUGUUUUUGUUUUAUUUUAUGACAUUUUAUCGGUCUCUGACCCGCUUUGAAUAAAUCCCCGUUUUUAUCACGAUUAAGAAGGUCAGUUGUUUAUUUCCGAUCCAGGAGCACGUGGUUUGGAUCGGUGUUUCUCUUAGUUUGGAUCGGUAACGCGCCUCCGGUCCGGUGACGUGUGUGGGGCAGAUGGCACCGAGCUCGUGGACAGCUCUGCGUCUAAUACAGUUAAAAUGAAGAGUAUGUGUACAUAGAGAUGGAGGAUGACGUAAAGAAAGUCAAAAAGCCAGGUAUUGUGUCUCCAUUCAAGCGAGUGUUUCUGAAAGGAGAGAAGGGGAGAGAUAAGAAGGCUCUGGAGAAGUCUACUGAGCGCAGGGCCCUCCACACCUUCUCCCUCUCUCUCCCGGACCACCGUAUCGACCCAGACAUUCUGCUCAAUGACUACAUUGAGAAAGAAGUUAAGUAUCUGGGACAGCUAACCUCAGUUCCUGGAUAUCUGAAUCCCUCCAGCCGCACAGAAGUUCUGCAGCUUAUUGACAAUGCCAGGAAGUCUCAUCAAUUGGCAGGGCAGCUUACAUCAGAGCAGGAUGCUGUUGUCAGUUUGUCCGCAUACAAUGUGAAGCUUGUGUGGCGUGACGGAGAAGACAUCAUUCUUCGCGUACCCAUCCAUGACAUUGCAGCUGUGUCCUACAUCAGAGACGACUCACUCCACUUCGUGGUGCUAAAAACUGCUGAUGAGGCCGGUGGUUCCCCAUGUCAUAGUACAGAGAUGUCAAAAUCUCCCACUCUGAGCUCUCUUUCUGAGAGCGGGGCUGUGCUUGUGGAGGUCUGCUGCCUGCUUGUGCUGGCCGUUGACAACAAGGCUGCAGCAGAGGAGCUCUGUCUUCUACUCAGUCAAGUCUUCCAGAUCGUCUAUACAGAGUCCACCAUUGACUUCCUGGACAGAGCCAUCUUUGAUGGAGCCACAACACCCAUCAGGCAUCUCUCGAUCUGCAGUGAAGACUCCUCGAGCAAAGUUGAUGUCAAAGAAGCGUUUGAGGCCGAGACAAGCACAUUUUCGUUCCAAAGUUCUCUAGAGGCAGGACACUCCUCUAGCCCCUCCCCCUCCUCCACCCCGGCCUCACCACAAACCAUAACAGCCAGUGACAGUGAACUAAGCACAACGGCUGCUGAACUGCUACAAGACUACAUGACCACAUUGAGGACAAAGCUGUCAUCUCAGGAGAUCCAGCAGUUUGCCACACUGUUACGUGAGUACAGAAACGGAGCCUCCAUCCAUGAGUUCUGUAUCAACCUGCGUCAGCUUUACGGAGACAGCAGGAAGUUCCUCCUCCUGGGACUGCGGCCUUUCAUUCCUGAGAAGGACAGCCAGCACUUUGAGAACUUUUUGGAAACCAUCGGCGUGAAGGACGGCCGCGGCAUCAUAACGGACAGCUUUGGGCGUUACAAACGUACAACAAGCUCUGCGUCAGACUCCACCACAAAUGGAAACGGUGCUGCGGGCGGUUCGGAUGAAGGAAUGGGCACCUCUGAGGGCGAUGAAUGGGACCGCAUGAUUUCAGACAUAAGCAAUGACAUUGAAGCGUUAGGAAGCAGUAUGGACCAGGACGGCUUGUUGUCUUGAUGUCACAGAACUCGCAGUGUGCUUUAGCCAAUCACCACUUGAGAUAAUCACAUGGGCCACUGGUCCAUAUUGCUGUCCAUCAAAUCUGACAAUGCUGGAGUUUGGAUACUGUAUGGAUACCACUUCCUGGCCAUCAUCCUUAUUUUUAUAUGUUGUGCCAUAUUAACACAAGCAGAUUUUUCAGAUUUGACAAUUGUGAUUUUUAAGACCUGUGACAGAAGGAUCAUAUAUUGCUGUAGAAAGCAGUUUUGUUCUUCUGGGAUGUUUAUUGGCAGUAUCUGCUACCACUAAUAAGAAACCUUGUUGCUGGUAGAUGUUGCUCUUUCACACUGAUCUGUAUGGAAGCUUAUUUCACAAUAAAAAAGGUAAUCUUAUCUUACAAUUCUGACUCUUCUUUCCUUACAGUUCUGAGAAAUUCUCAGAAUUGCAAGAUAUAAAUUGAGGAAAAAAGUCAUAAUUGCACAAUGUUAACUUAAAAAGUCUGAAUUGUGAGAUCAUAAUUACCAUAAUUACCUUUUUUAUUCAAAAAUAAAGGUAAUUAAGACUUUUUAUUCAAAAAUGUAGACUUGCUAUUGACUUUGUCAGAAUUGUCAAAAAUUGAGUUUAAAUCUCACAGGUCUGAUUUUAUAUUUUGACUUCAAAAUUGCAGGAAAGUCAAACGAUAUGAACUCGCAGUUCUGAGAAAAGAUGAUUGUGAGAUGUAAACUUUAAAUUGCUUUUUAACAUUUGUUUAUAAAUCAGUUGAGAGAAAAGUCUGAAUUAUGAGAUUUAUAUAUAAAUUGAGUUUGUUUUUUUUGUCUCAGUUGUGAGUUUAUAUCUCACAAUUCAGAAUUUGAUACCUCGCAAUUCUGACUUCAGAACUAUGCGAAAAGUCAGAAUUUUGAGAUAUAUAUACUUAGAAUUGUAAGAAAAGUUGAAUCAUAACUCACAAUUCUGAGAAAAUUUAAUUUUCGCAAUUACCUUUUUUCGGAGUUUUGUGUUUAUAUCUUGCAAUUCAGAACUGUGAGGAAAAAGUCAGAUUUAUGAGACAGAAACUCACAUAUAUAUAAGUUGGUUGCUAGAUGUUUACUCACCAUUGUGAACUUAUAACGCUCAGUUGUGAGAAAUAGUCUGAAUUGUAAAAUGUUAAUUUGCAGGUUACUUUUUUUAAAUUCUGUCCCAGAAAUAAGCUUCCAUAGAUGUGAGACCAGUGUCCUGUGUCUGAUUUAAUAGUAAUGCAACAUCUGAUCAGUGUGAAGACACAGUUUGGAGCAUUGCCUAGUGGCCUUCCUAAAGCGUGUUCUGCAUUACCUUAUGUGUGUUGUAACCUGAGGGAAGUGAGGUGCAGUAUAUUUCCUCCUGCACUGAAAGUGCUAAUCAA